AGCGUGUCGGAGCCAUGCCUGAUGGAUUGCAGGCCGGAUGGCUUCCUCUCGCCCAGUGUGGCACUUGGUGUCAUGGGGUGUUGGGCCUGGACCACGGCCGGGUGACGGACACCUGGCGCUGGAUUUGGCAGCGCCGCGAUCAAAGCAAAGGUUCAGCUUUGCCGCCCUUGCUGCCUUUGCCAAAGGAGGAGGUACGGCGUCGGCUGCAAGAGCAGCGACGCCAGAUGCAGAAUCCGUCUCCGCGAGGUGUGCCCCGCCGGAUCCACGGCAAGAGCCCUGACCCACGUGGAGGAUUUGCGACAAAGUCGUCCAGCCCAAGCAUUGCCAGCGGUGUACGUCAGUGUGGAGGCCUCCGCCGAAUCCACGGCAAGAGCCCUGACCCACGUGGAGGAUAUUCGACCAAAUCGGCCCCAAGCAUUGCCAGCGGUGUACGUCAGUGUGGAGGCCUCCGCCGAAUCCACGGCAAGAGCCCUGACCCACGUGGAGGCCGGAUCCAUGGCAAGAGUCCCGAGCCACGGAGCCGCAGCCCGUUGGGCAACGCCUCUGCGCCAGUGACGCCCGUGAGGCCAGCACCAGCCGCGCAUUCCAACGGCUCGAAGGCCGGACUGGCCGAUGUCUCUGCACCUCGUCCUACCAGGCCCUCUGGUCGCGCUACUGAGCUUGACACUCGCAGUCGGCCUGCGUCCGAGGUGACCCAUCGCCUGCGCUGCAAAAGCCCCGACCCUCGCAAGAGUGGCCAGGACACAACCCGAGCUCCGCGUGAGCCCCUGUGCCCGGGCCUUUUGAGGCGCUUGCUGGGGCCAGAGCCAAGGUUGAGGGCAGACGUUUGCAAAGAGGUGGAGGUUCAUCAGGAUGAGGCCAGCAGGAUUCUGGCAGAGAUGCGCUUGGCACGCGCAGGACAGCAUUCUCGCUGAGUGCCGGCGAAGCUGUGGGCCCGCAACUUUUGCUGGGCUGCAGCCAAUUCACUCGGGGCUCGCCCUAAACAUUGCCUGGACCUGGUUGCAGCCUAUGCCC